AUGGGCCUGCUCUCACUCGAUACGUCCUACCCGCUGCUCGGCGCUGCCCUCCUUGCUCUAGUGGCAUGGAAGCUCGUCAAGCUGUUUUCGACACCCCGCAACUCCUGUCUGCGUGACCUGCCUGCCCCCCCGCCUGCCAGCUGGCUAUACGGAAACUCGAAGCAGAUCUUCGAAGACGACGUCGCCGUGGUGCAGGAGGCGUGGGCACGGAAAUACGGGCAUGUGUUCAAGUACAAGGGUUUUCUCAGCGUCAGUCUUGUGCCUCACGACGUUCUCUACACGACGGAUGUGCGGGCGCUGAACCAUGUUCUUGGCCAUUCGAAUGACUUUCAGAAGCCGGGCAUCGUUCGUAACAACUUAGCUAGCCUCUUGGGAGAAGGACUGCUGGUAGUCGAAGGCGAGCAGCAUCGUCAACAGAGGAGAAUCAUGAAUCCUGCGUUCGGUCCAGCUCAAAUACGUGAAUUGACGGAGAUUUUUGUUGAGAAGGCUAUCCAGGCAAGUAAAUUGGCAUGCCAUCUCCUGCGCGAUGUCUGGAGUGCUCAUAUCUCCAAAAUGGGUGAAUCUACGCCUAUCAAUGUCUCCCGUGGGCUGAGCGACAUGACUUUUGAUGUUAUUGGGUUGGCCGGAUUCAACUACACUUUUGAUAAUUUGGAUCCCCAACACAAGCCAAGUGAACUCAAUGAGGCUUUCAAGAUCAUUUUCGCACGAGCAUCAUCUCGACCUUCUAUCUUCCCCAUUCUCCGGCGGUUUGUUCCAUUCUUCAGCCAGAUCCUCAAACUUUCUAGUUUGGAAAGACAGCGAAUUAUUGCAUUUGGUGUGAUGAAGCGCAUUGGUAUGCAACUUGUCAAAGAGAAGAAGGACGAAGUCCUAAAGGCAACUGCGGCCGAGAAGCUUCAGAGUCGUGAUUUACUGACGCUGCUGAUCAAAGCGAAUAUGGAUCCCAGCAUCCCAGAGAGUCACAGAUUGUCUGAUGAAGAUGUUUUAGCACAGGUCCCGACUUUUUUGGUAGCAGGUCACGAAACCACCAGCAAUGCCACGGCCUGGGCUCUUUUCGCCUUGAGCCAAGCGCCAGAGGUCCAACAGAAGCUGCGCGAGGAAAUAAUGAACAUACCUACUGAAAAUCCCUCGAUGGACGAACUAUCGGAGCUUCCGUACCUGGAUGCCGUCGUUCGCGAGACCAUGCGCGUGCAUGCGCCCGUACCGGUGACGGUUCGUAUAGCUACCAAGGACGAUGUCAUUCCGCUUCACACGCCGUUCACCGAUGUGCACGGAAAAAUACACGAUAGUGUCAGUGUGUCGGAAGGGACAUACAUUGAUAUUCCGAUCCUGGCGGUCAACAGGUCGAAGGCGUUAUGGGGCGAAGAUGCGUUUGAAUUCAAGUUGCGUCGCUCGCGUUUGCCGGAAAGAUGGGAAUCUAUACCCCCCGAUGCGCACACCAUCCCCGGCGUAUGGGGCAAUAUGAUGAGUUUCUUAGGCGGUCCGCGGGCGUGUAUUGGAUACCGGUUUUCGGUCAUCGAAAUGAAGGCGCUCAUCUUCACCCUUGUGCGUGCGUUUGAAUUUGAGCUUGCUGUCCCGGCCAGCCGUAUUUGCGCGGCUCGUGCUGCGGUGCAACGUCCUCGCAUCCGUGACGAGGAUGAAAAGGGCAACCAACUGCCAAUGCUCCUAAAGCCGUACAAGCCGUUGUGA